UAGUCCUUUCUAAUACCCUUGGGAGUCUCUCAGAUAAUCCUACUAUCUUUGACAGACAAGGCAUGGCAUAGAAAUAAGUAAACGAACGACUGACGUGUAGUUUUGUGUUAUCUGUGAUAACUUGAAACUCAGCGCAGCAAAGUGGUUUGUAGGUUAAGAAUAAGCCGGCGCGAAAGAAAACAAAGAAAGAAAUGAUUUUUCGUCUGUCAUUGUCUGUAUUUGCGUUGUUGUUCCAGUACACUGGAACGUCAGAAAUACUUCGGCCUCGAGGAGUCGCUCUAUCGAAGGCAUCACUGUAUGUCCCUGACAAAGACUUCACAUGCUUUGAUGGCAGUCUGACCAUUCCAUUUGCUUAUGUGAAUGAUGAUUAUUGUGACUGUGAAGAUGGAAGUGAUGAACCAGGGACACCUGCAUGUCCAAAUGGCACAUUCCACUGCACUAAUGCUGGCCAUAAACCACAGAACAUUCCUUCUUCACGGGUUAAUGAUGGAAUUUGUGAUUGUUGCGAUACUUCUGAUGAGUAUGAGAGUCAUGCAAAUUGUGUUAAUAACUGCAAUGAUCUGGGGAAAGCAGCUCGAAUGGAAGCACAAAAACUUGCAGAAGUUGCUAAGAUUGGCAGUGAAAUGAGAGCAGCACUAAGCAGAAAAGGAAAGCAGUUGCGCCAGGAAAAGCAGGAGAGAUUGGUUCAACUUGAAAAAGAUAAAGAAGAAGCAGAAAGUCUAAAGAAAGAAAAAGAAGCAUUGAAGUUGGCAGCAGAAGAGUUGGAGAAUAAGGCUUUAGAGAAGUAUAGGCAGCAAGAAGAGGAGGAGAAAAAAGUGAAGCAAGAAGAAGAACAGAAAGCAAGAGAACAGGAAGCAUUUGAACAUUUCCAUAGGCUAGAUGCAAAUCAAGAUGGGAAGUUGCAGAAAUCAGAAAUACAAACACAACAGACGUUUGACCAAAACAAAGAUGGUGUGGUAUCCGAUGAUGAAGUUACUUUGUUCUUUGACACCCAGCAAGAAAUGGAUUGGGACGAGUUCCUUGCAACUGGUUGGCCUAGAAUGAGACCAUUGUUGCUAAUGAACAGCGGUAUGUUCAAGCCACCAACAGCAGAGUCACCAGAUUCAUCUGACACACAUGAAGAAAUAGAGACUUUAUCACAGGGUUCUGCUGAAGAAUUACCAUUAGAUGCAAAUGAAGAGGAUGAAACUCAUAAUACAGAUGAUGAGGAAGAUGAUGAUGGUGACGAUGAGGCCAAUAAGAAUCCUGAACAUGAAUUAUAUGAACAUGAUGGAGAUGCUAUUGAUGAGGAUAGUGCAGCUUUAGAUGAAGAGCAUGAAGGAAAAUCUGAAGAUAGCCCAAAAUAUGAUGAAGACACUCAAAGAUUAGUGGAUGAAGCUACAAGGGCUCGGUCAGAGUUUGAAGAAGCCGAUCGUAACCUAAGGGAUGUGCAGCGUGAAAUAAAGCAAUUACAAGAAUCCAUGGAGAAAGAUUAUGGUGAAGAGGAUGAGUUCGCUCCAUUGGAUGGAGAAUGUUUUGAAUUUACGGAUUCUGAAUAUGUUUAUAAACUGUGUCCAUUUGAUCAUGCUACUCAACGUUCGAAAUCUGGAGGUUCUGAAACAAGAUUGGGACAAUGGAAUCAGUGGUCAGGUCCAGAAGAAAAUAAAUAUAAAAGCAUGUUAUAUGACAGAGGACAGUCGUGUUGGAAUGGACCUCAACGAUCUGCUCUGGUGAAAUUAAUAUGUGGCACAGAAAAUUCCAUCAGGUCUGUCAGUGAACCUAACAGAUGUGAAUACGUAUUUGAAUUUGUAACACCAUCGAUUUGCCAGCUCAGUGAACAUCAUGCACACGCACAUGAGGAAUUAUAACAAAGGGCCAGACUACAUUGGUGUCUGCGUGUGUACGCGAGUGUCAGUCAUUCAUGUUUGUGUAAGGGUUAGUGAGUGGUUCAGGGAAUUAGCACAAAUGAAAUAAAUGUUUGUAAGUAAACAUAGGUUCAAGUAUGGGAGCGAAAACACUAUUGAUCUCUUCAUGUGAUUUAGCAAAUUAUUUGUUGAUUUAUGUGUAUAGUUUGCCAUAUUUCAGAUGCUUUGUCUAAGCCACUGGUUGUGCAUUUGCUGCUGUCAAGCCAUUGUUCAACAGUAUAUUUUUACUAUUCAAUAAGUGGUUUAUGCUGUCCUUCAGUUAUAUGUCUUAAAUACCUGACAUGAUUAAUUACCGGUUUCUGAGUAAUUUUUUUUUUUACAGAAAAAUUCCUACAUUAACUCUUGUUACUGACGAGUAGAGUGUAAAACGUACAGUAAUAAGCAGUUGAUUUUUACCAGUUUUAAUGAAAAGUUGUGCAUGUCAUUCUUUAAUUUUGUUUUAU